AGACCGGAGAGAGGCGAAAGCGAAGCAGACGAGAGUGCUCAGGUGUUGGGGACUGUCCGGAUAAUUGUCUCUCUCUCCGUGCCGUCUGUUUUGUGGGCCAUUUUUUGUUCUUUCCCUUGGAUCUUCCAUGACAUCCGAUUUGCAGUCUAGUUAUUGCCGAGAGCUGGGGAGGCAUUGCUCAGUAAACCUGCAGCGAGUUUGUGCCGCCACUACAAGGGCCUGUCACUACUUAGAGGGCUCCACUUUAGAGCCGUGACUUUCUUAGCAGCACAUUUGGAGAGUAUGCAGCCGUCAAGCCCAAAGUCUCCAGGAAUCGUCAAAAUGGAUGACGAGGGCGUAGAUAACGGUGACGAUAAAGAGCAAGACAUCAAUAUCGACGAUAUCUCAGACGACGAGGGUGAGGCGAGAACGACCAGUAAUGACGUCGCACACAACGGACGUCAUUCUCCCCAGCGUCUGGGAGUCAAGGAGUCGGCUUACUUGAGGACAGGAAGUGACGACAGCGUGAUGGACUCUCAAAGCGACAGGAGGCAGGGCCACGAGAAGCUUCCGGUGAGUUCUAGAACGUCUGCUCUGUCCGAGUCCCCGCCCCCUUCCCCUGGUGGGCGGGGCAGUGCUGACGUCAUGAUGGACAGCCUUCACAAAGACGCCAGCUAUCUGGACGAUCUCAAACAAUACCAGCUCCACGUUCUAGAAAGACAGCGGAAAUUCGGAGACCUUGGGGCGAUCGGUCUAAGACUUAUGGGGGGAGAGGCGAGAGACUCAAUCGGAGACCGAGGGCCCAUGUCUCUGUUAGCGUCUCAGCAUCAGCAGCAUCACCACUUCCAGCGACAACAACAACAACAACAACAGCAGCAGCAGCAGCAGCAACAGCAGCAACAGCAGCAGCAGCACAUGAUGGACCUCCUGUACAGAAACCACUACCAGCAGCUGUACCUCAUGAGUCGCAACCCGGCACGCCCAUCCUCACUAUCCCCGCCCUCCUCCACGUUUUCUGCCACGCCCACCCCUCAAGCCCCUCCCCCAUUGUUUGUGUCUCAGAACCACCUCUCCCCCCUCCAGCCGGUCAUCUCAAGCCGCUCCCUACUGCGCGACGUCGGCGAGACUGGAACCCACGCCUUCAGAGACUUCCACCCCUCUCCCAAACACAUCCGUCUCGGCUCUGAAAACCAAAAUCGAAUUCAGUCUCCAACAAACCCAGACAGGGCCCUGGGCUAUCGCGGUAGCCCUCACAAAGACGACUCGAACCCCAGUCGUAGUCCACACGGGCAGAACAACAACCCCGAGGACCACGAGCGCGGUUUGAUGAACGCGAGCGCGUCGGAAAAAUGGGACUCGAACUCUGGACAGUGUUCACCGGGUGGCCGGCGAGCUACUGCACCCGACACAGCAGCAACGUUUGUGACGAGAAACUCUCUGCCUCAGUCUUCGUCUCCACUCCCUUCCCCACCCCCAGCACAUCCACACGGCGCGCUCAGAGACGAGGAGAGGAAUGCAACAACAACAUCAUCAACAACAACAACAGCAACAGCAAUAACAACAACGGCAGCGACAAGAGCGACACGAGCCACACCCCCUCCGUCUCCUCCCCCUACCAACCCCACCUCCUCCGGUAUCUCCUCCAAUCGUAAGAGAUCGGCACCAGAUGACGUCACAGACGCCACGCCCCCUUCCUCCCCGAACCUGACAGCCGCUGUGGUUAGUCCACGGACCUCCAAACUACCCUGGAGACCUAUUGACUGUGGUCCACCAUCGCCGCCACCACCACCACCACCAUCACAACCCCCGCAACCGCAAACACAACCACUAUCAGCAUCAACAUCAGCAUCACCACCAUUGUCGUCAUCAUCACAUCUCUUACAACCCCCACCAUCAUCAUCAUUAUCAUCAUCGCCACCACACCCACUACAAUUACCGCAACCACAAUCACUACCAUCAUUAUUAUCAUCAUCAUUAUCAUCAUCAUCUUCCCCACCACCACCACACCCACUACAACCACAACCACAGCCCUACAGCGAAGAAUACGGUGAUAUCGAUCAGCGCAAUCAUCGACAACACCACAAUCAUAAUCUACAGCAACAUCAUCUACAUCAUCAUCAUCAUGAGCGAGGUACGGGUCAGGGAGAGCAGUCACUUCACCACCGUGAGGAAGCAGACCUGAGUGGGCGUGGCUUGGAGGAGGAAAUGAGGUCAAGGUCGCCGCUGCUGUCACCUGACGUAGACAGGAGCUCCGCGCGGAGCAACACGCCCUCCCCGGCCAGGUCUAGGAAUGCCUCCGUCACGGACAACGAGAAAGAGGAAGACCUUCGUCUGCGCUCCCCGGCCAGCGAGUCCCCGCCGGUCUCACCGGGCAAUGAACACUCUG